CGGGUUUACCGUAGCACAACUAGUGCUCUUGGAGAGUAGACGUCCCGAAUCAUAGCUGACCACCGGUAUCAGGCCCUGCACUCAAUUUAUAUACGCUAAAUUCAAAGAGAUCCUUUUAACUGACAGUGUUUUUUAAAACACUGUUCACCAUCCAUAGACGCCACGGAUCAGCCCAGAAUGCCAAACAUCAAGAUUUUUAGCGGCAGUUCGCAUCCGGAUCUGUCGCAGAAGAUCGCGGACCGACUGGGACUCGAGUUGGGGAAAGUUGUCACCAAAAAAUUUAGCAACCAAGAAACCUGUGUAGAGAUUGGAGAAAGUGUGCGUGGGGAAGAUGUCUAUAUUGUCCAGAGUGGCUGUGGGGAGAUCAACGACAAUCUCAUGGAGCUGCUGAUCAUGAUCAAUGCAUGUAAGAUCGCGUCAGCGUCCAGAGUCACAGCGGUCAUUCCCUGCUUCCCCUACGCUCGGCAGGACAAGAAGGACAAGGUGGGGAGUCGGGCUCCUAUCUCAGCCAAGCUGGUCGCUAAUAUGCUGUCUGUGGCCGGAGCAGACCACAUCAUUACUAUGGACCUACACGCCUCUCAAAUUCAGGGGUUCUUUGACAUCCCGGUUGAUAACCUAUAUGCUGAGCCGGCAGUUCUCAAAUGGAUAAAAGAAAACAUCAAUGAAUGGAAGAAUUGCACCAUUGUUUCUCCUGAUGCUGGUGGAGCAAAGAGAGUGACAUCCAUCGCUGAUCGUCUGAACGUGGACUUUGCGUUGAUCCAUAAGGAGCGGAAGAAGGCGAAUGAGGUAGAUCGGAUGGUGCUGGUUGGGGAUGCGAAAGACAGAGUGGCCAUUUUAGUGGAUGACAUGGCAGACACGUGUGGGACGAUAUGUCAUGCGGCUGACAAACUGGUGUCUGCUGGAGCCACUAAAGUGUUCGCUAUCUUGACUCAUGGUAUCUUCUCUGGGCCUGCCAUUUCUCGGAUCAACAAUGCCAACUUUGAGGCCGUCGUGGUCACCAACACAAUUCCACAGGAGGACAAAAUCAAACACUGCAGCAAGAUUCAGGUGAUUGACAUUUCUAUGAUCCUGGCAGAAGCAAUCAGACGGACACAUAAUGGGGAAUCUGUGUCUUACCUGUUCAGCCAUGUGCCCUUAUAACUCACACAUGCACAGACACACACACACAUAUAUGUUCCAUCUGUUCAUACACAAUCACUUAAUACAAACUCAUGAGUCAGUGCUGGGCCUGUUAAGCUAUUUGCCCUUAUAAGAUGCGUCUCAUUUAUUCUUUCACUUAUUCCUGGACAGUGAAAGAAAACUCUCUGUGGCUGCAUACAGCUCCACCUUUCUGCCGCAUGUGUUGACUCGACAUUUUUAGGAUAAUAUUUUUCAUAUCUAACAGCUCUGUACUUCUUUCAUUUCCAUCUACUACACUCAGCUCAGAGGAUUUUGCCCCUUGUCACACCAGGUUGUAUGUUAUUUGCAUGUUAGACCUAUGGUUCGACGUACAGAGUUUCUUGAAUGUUGCAGUGUGUUAUGUCUGCCUCAGAAAUGUAUUUAACACUAACAGUUUAAAAAAAGAAAAGAAAAAAGCAACAAUAACUGCUGAAUUGUUCCUACAAUACUGGAAUUUUGGCAUUUUUAGCUCAGAAGUUUACCGUGUAAAGGUACGAUGUUUUUAUUUUUGGUAUUGAGUUCUGUUACAGUAUCUUAUUGCUAAACUGUGGAUAGCCACUAGGUUACUGCAGUGAUUGCUGGAAAUGGGUUACACCCCUUUAGAAUGCUAUUGCCUUGGCAGCUGGAAUAUUUGGAUAUACAGUACUUGGGAUACUCUGGUACUUUUUUUCUUCUCUCAGGUUUCAGUUUUAGGUAAUAUUUUUUUGUCGCUUGAAUAGUUCUCAUCUCUUCAGGGUCUUUUGAAAUGGUGAAAGCCAAAUGCUCAGUGGAAAAUUAGGUCAUACUUUUUAUUUUAUGUUUUUCUUUAUAAGAUGUGAUGUAAUGUUUAUGUUUAAAAUCCAGCAGCGUUUUUGACUGCUUGAGGAGAGAUCUGCUCUGAAGUGCCCAUUAUUUUUGACUGAACACACACAAGUACUGUUGGCUAUUGUGGAAUGGCCUUGAUCAAUUAAUUAUUUGCAGCCUGCUCCAUUUUGAGUCACUUUGUCCAAGACAGACAUUUUUAAUUGUUUGCACUGAAGUAAAAAGGAAAGCAUUUUGAUGAUUGCUUAGUAUACUGUAGUACAUAAAACUCAUAAUGUGUUUCUGAGUCAAAGUGACUCAAACAGAUGGAGCAUGUCACAUAUCUUGCAUAUCUGUGUGUCAGUGUGUUUAGUCUUGAGGAUGUUUCUUAUCCAUGCUACUUUGGCAAUAUCAGUAUAUCAAAAACUACAAGUCUGAAAGCUUUCACUGGAACAGUCUCACCUGUCUGAGUUAGGUGAGAUGACAAGACUUAAUUUCAUAGGUCAAUGCUGUUUGCCUUAACAAAUGAAAAAAUCUGACAAUUGUAUUGCAUUGGAAGCAGAAUGUAGAGUAAAGCUUUUCAGAUAAAAACUG